AUGAUUGGGAGAAAAAACAAUGGGCGUCCAUCGCCAAUGUUGCUGGUUCUUUUGGCGCUCGGGUUUUUCUUUGCAACGUAUAAUCUAUUGACCAUCAUAAUACACAGCAAAUCUUCGAACUCAGGGAGUUUGGCUGCUGAUAGGUCGGAGUUGUCCGAUCCCUUGACUCGAAUGCCUGAAGAAACUAGGAGAGCGGAGAGUUCCAAUUCAAAGUUUCAUGUCGCCCUUACGGCGACUGAUGCUCCUUAUAGCCAGUGGCAAUGUCGAAUCAUGUAUUACUGGUAUAAGAAGAUGAAAGAUAUGCCUGGAUCAGACAUGGGGAAAUUUACACGGGUUUUGCAUUCAGGAAGUCCUGACAAUUUGAUGGAGGAGAUUCCGACCUUUGUUGUUGAUCCACUGCCGCAGGGCUUGGAUAGGGGUUAUAUUGUCCUGAAUAGGCCAUGGGCUUUUGUGCAAUGGUUGGAGAAAGCAACGAUAAAGGAAGAGUACAUUCUAAUGGCAGAACCUGAUCAUGUAUUUGCAAAUCCUUUGCCCAAUUUGGCGAAAGGAAAUCAUCCAGCAGCGUUUCCAUUUUUCUAUAUAAAACCCGAUCAAAAUGAAAAGAUAAUUAGGAAAUUUUAUCCUGAGGAAAAAGGUCCGGUGAACAAUGUUGAUCCCAUUGGCAAUUCUCCUGUAAUCAUUAAGAAGUCCCUACUAGAGGACAUUGCUCCCACGUGGGUGAACAUUUCCUUGAGAAUGAAAGACGACCCAGAGACUGAUAAGGCUUUCGGAUGGGUGCUUGAAAUGUAUGCAUAUGCCGUAGCAUCUGCAUUGCAUGGCGUCCGCCAUAUUCUCCGGAAAGAUUUCAUGCUUCAGCCUCCAUGGGAUUUGGAAGUUGGUAACAAGUUUAUCAUCCACUAUACAUACGGAUGUGACUACAAUAUAAAGGGUGAACUGACUUAUGGAAAAAUUGGAGAAUGGCGCUUUGACAAAAGAUCUUAUCUUAGUGGCCCUCCACCAAAAAACCUUUCAUUGCCCCCUCCAGGAGUUCCUGAAAGUGUGGUAAGUCUAUUAAUCUCCAUCUUGUCAGAGUCUAUUCGAGAAAUUAACUGUUAGAGGUUUAUGGCUAAUUUACGAAAUUGGAAUUGGUUCCAAAAGUUAUAUGCUUCGUAGUUUUGACAUGUUUUUCAGGUUCACGACACAAAUUUAUGUUCAUUUUAGUUGAUCAUGGCUGCUUUAUA